AUGCUAAUCAGAUUAGCUGUGACUUCUGCCGAAGUGGCUCUUACAACCUGUGUCCUGAUAACCGUCUUAGCCGCUACUCCUCCCCACGAUGGUACCCUUUCCAAGUACUAUAUCACACAAGCAGACUACUGCUAUCCUCUACCACAACACAUGGACUUCGAAGAAGGGGCCCUGGUAGAUUCGGUUGCAAUGGCAGUUCAGAUAACCAAAGUCGGCAAAGUCCGGCCCAACCAAACUGUUGUUGUCUUCGGCUGUGGACCCGUUGGUCUCCUGUGCCAGGCUGUGAGCAAGGCAUACUCCGCAGAGAAGGUCAUUGGUAUCGAUAUCAGUCAGUCCCGCGCGGAAUUUGCCGAAACAUUUGGUGCAGACGGUGUGUUUGUGCCACCCCCUAAGCCCGAGGGCAAGGAUGAUACUCCGUGGAAUGACGAGGUUGCACAGAUAAUCAAGGACAGAUUUGAUCUCGGGAAGGGACCAGAUGUAGUGCUCGAGGCUACUGGUGCCGAACCUUGCAUCCAGACUGGCAUUCACCUGACUAAGAAGGGGGGGGAUAAGGUGGUCUUCCCAAUCACCACGGCUUGCAUCCGUGAUUUGCACUUUCGGGGCUCUAUUCGUUACACGGUCGGUUGCUAUCCGACAGCGGUGGAUCUGAUUGCGAGUGGGAAGAUCAAUGUCAAACGUCUAAUCACUAACCGAUUCAAGUUUGAACAAGCAGAAGAGGAAAUCGAGUUGGUGCGGCAAGGAAAAGAAAGCGUAAUCAAGGUUAUCAUUGAGGGGGUCUCUGCAUAA